CCCUGCCUGGAUUAAAUGACCCGGGGCUCACGCGUCUCCAGAAACCCUCCAGUUCAGCCCAGGGAAGCCACGGGCUCGGUGUGUGCUCUCGUUUUCACCACGAUGGCCCAGACGGGUCAGACGCCCCUGCAGCGGCUCUCCUUCAAUAACGUGGCCCUGAGGAGGCUGCCCGUGGACGGCUCUCUGGAGCCGGGCUCCCGCACGGUCAGGGCGGCCUGUUUCUCCCGCGUUCAGCCGCAGCCUCUGCUCCGCCCCCGCUUCGUAGCAGUGUCCCCGCGGGCGCUCGCGCUGCUGGGGUUGAGCGCGGAGGACGUGCUGGCAGACCCUCGCGGAGCCGAGUACCUGAGCGGCUCCCGGGUCCUGCCCGGCUCCCAGCCCGCCGCACACUGCUACUGCGGCCACCAGUUCGGCGUGUUCGCGGGGCAGCUGGGCGACGGGGCCGUGUGCUACCUGGGGGAGGUGGAGGCGGCCCGCUCCUCAGACCCCCAGCCCCGGAGCCCCUGCGGCCGGUGGGAGGUGCAGGUGAAAGGAGCCGGACUGACCCCGUACUCCAGGCAGUCUGAUGGUCGUAAAGUACUGCGCUCCAGCAUCAGAGAGUUUCUGUGUAGUGAGGCCAUGUUUUCCUUGGGAAUUCCUACCACUCGAGCUGGUUCACUGGUGACGUCUGACCUGUUUGUAAAGAGAGAUGCAUUUUACAGUGGCAAACCCAAACCCGAGAGGUGUUCUGUAGUCCUGCGCAUCGCACCCACUUUCAUCAGGUUUGGCUCAUUUGAAAUUUUCAACCCAGCGGAUGACUUCACAGGAAGACAAGGUCCUAGUGCUGGUCGGCAUGAUAUUCGAGCACAGCUGCUUGAUUACGUUAUUGAGACGUUUUAUCCUGAGAUCCAGGCAGACCACACAGACCGUAUAGCCAGGAAUGCUGCUUUUUUCAGAGAGGUCACUGUACGGACUGCCAGGCUGGUUGCUCUGUGGCAGAGUGUGGGAUUCUGUCAUGGAGUUCUUAACACAGACAACAUGAGCAUCCUAGGCCUCACCAUAGACUAUGGGCCCUUUGGUUUUAUGGACAGGUUUGACCCAGAGUUUGUGUCCAAUGCUUCCGAUAAGAAGCGGCGCUACACAUUCGAGGCCCAGCCAUAUGUAUGUCGCUGGAAUUUGGCACGCUUGGCAGAGGCUCUGGGCACUGAACUGAAGGGAUCUACUGCAGGAUCCAUCCUGGAUGAGUUUAUACCCUUGUAUAAGAGCUUUUACCUGGACAACAUGAGGAGGAAGCUGGGGCUGGUGAGACGAGAGGAACCGGAAGACGAGGAACUGGUGGAAGACUUGUUGAAGGUCAUGCACAACACAGGUGCGGAUUUCACCAACACCUUUCGCUUACUGAGCCGUGUGUGCUGUCCCCUGGUGGAGGAAAAUAGUGAAUGUGACGUGGGGUCAGUGGUGAACCUGAUCCUGGAGCAGUGUGCCUCAUUGCAGGAGCUAAAGGUGGCUAAUCAUCCUACCAUGGAGCCCUGUGAGCUGGAGAUGAUACUGUCCAUGGCAGAAACCAGUCCAGGCCUGUUCAACAUGACGGCCAAUCGUCCAGAGGUUGCCAAACAGCUGGAGAAGAUUGGCAGGCUGAAGGAGCUGUUGGAGACCAAUCAGGAGGAUCUAAAGCUCAAGCAGAGAGAUGACUGGUGGAUAUGGAUAAACAGAUACAGAAAGCGCCUGACCCGUGAAAGUGAUGGUGUGAGUGAUCCAACUGCUGUUGAGGAAGAGAGAGUUAGGAUCAUGGACUCCACUAACCCUGCAGUAGUACUUCGAAACUAUCUGGCCCAGAAUGCAAUAGAAUGGGCUGAGAAUGGAGAUUUCUCUGAGGUUCAGCGGCUUCUUGGAGUACUAGAGAACCCGUACUGUGUCCAGCCGGACCUGAAGCUGCCCAUCUGCCCGGGGAAAGGGGCACCAUGUGAGACCAGGGGCUCUACAGGGCUAAAUGUGGAGGAUGGUAGAGAAGAGCAAGGCACGAUUGGCACUGGCUGUCUUCCAUAUAACAGCAAGCCUCCAGAAUGGGCAAGAGAAAUCUGUGUCACAUGAUCUUCCUAAAGCCUCCCUGAUAAACAUGCUGUACCUCAGCAGAGAGAGGGAG